AUGGACUCGACAAAAGUGAUGUCUCUUCUGGAGACUCUGGAUGACGAAAUAGACGAUCUGGAGGAAUCUCUGGAACCCCUCCUACAAACGGCGCUCGCAGACUCGGCCUCGAAAUUGCCCUUGCUGGACAAAGCCAAGCUCUAUGUCCUAGUCACCUAUGCCAUCGAAUCCAUGCUGUUUUCAUUUCUGCGACUCCACGGAGUCAACGCGCGCGAACAUCCUGUCUUCAAAGAACUCACCAGAGUCAAACAGUACUUUGACAAGAUCAAGGCUGUUGAAACGCCUGUGGAGAGGACUAUGGCAGUAGACAAGGCUGCUGCUGCAAGAUUUAUCAAAGCUGGCUUGUCUGGCAAUGAAAAGUAUGAUCUCCUUAGAGCAGAGCAAAUUGCAAAGGAAAGAGCAAAGGCACAUAUCAAGUUCGGUGAUCAAUCCAAGGAUGUGGAAAAGAAACGCAAGGCUGGCCAAUUGGAUGCCGCCGUUGAGAUCGAUCCAAAUUCUUCCGACUCGAAUUCCAGCUCGGAGUCCACCCCAGAACCCACAGCCAACCCAGCAAGUUCCAAAAAGAAGCGGAAGGUAGAUCAGUCUGCCUCAACAUCAACUUCCGGGGCUUCAACACCUGCAAUUACUUCCAAUGACAACGAAACGAAGUCUGGAAAGUCGAAAAAGUCGAAGGGCGAAAAGACGACGAGAAGCAAGAGCGGUCGGCGAAGGAAAAGAGGAUAG